CCGGCAGCGGCCUGCGCGGAUAGUUACGGGCUCAGUGUGCCGGUUGUCCUUGGAGACGGGGCGGGGCCUGGGCGGCGCAGAGAGGCGCCAACGGCAGCAGGGCCCCUGGAGAAGCCAAGAUGCCAUCGAAGGGAAAGGACGAAAAGAAAGGGAAGGGUAAAGGUAAAGGCAAAGACAAAGGCGAAGACAAGAAGAAGAAGAAGAUGAUAAAAGUUGAGGAAUCUGCCAUGGAGAGAGCCAAGGCCAAUGCCUCCCUUUGGGAGGCCAGGCUGGAAGUCACAGAACUCUCUAGGAUUGAGUAUCGUGAUACUUCCCGGAGACUGGCAAAAUAUAAUGAAGAAUUAAAGAAACAGCAGUAUAGAAUGGAGAAAGACACAGUGUCUGUAUUGAACUACCUGAAGAAACAGGAUCAGGAGAAGGAUAAUCUGAUUGAAAAACUGAAACAGCAAUUGAAUGAAACUAAGGGAAAAGCCCAAGAAGAGAAGGAAAAAUUGGAACAAAAAUAUACUGUGCAAAUAAGUGAGCUGGAGGGACAGUUCCGUCAAAAAGCCAGAGAAAUUGGCAUGAUUCAGACAGAGCUCAAAACAAUAAAACAAUUCCAGAAGAGAAAAAUCCAAGUAGAGAAAGAAUUAGAUGAUCUGAAGGAGAACUUAAGGAACAUAGAGCAGAAACAUCAGGAGACUCUUAGGAGAUUGGAAGGCAGGUUUUUGGAAGAAAAGUACCGACUAGAAAAAGAGGCUGAGAAGAAGAUAAUAAUGCUGGCAGACAGAGCCCACCAUGAAGCUGUUGUGCAAUUGAACAAUGCUGGAAGAGCUGUUUUUAAAGAGAAUAUUUAUCUCCAGAAAGCUCUCGCAUACCACCUGAAGGAAGCUGAUGCUCUACAAAAAAACUCUCAGAAGUUGCAAGAGACUCAGACUUCCCUUUUACAGCAAAAGGAAAUCAAUGAUCUGUUGGUUAAGGAAAAGAUAAUGCAGCUUACCCAGCAGAAAUUACAAAUCCAAACUCUUCAGAAGAAGGUAGUAAGCUUGGAGACUACCCUGAGUUGUAUGACCAAAGAGUUUGAGACUGAAGUUUUAAAACUGCAGCAGCAGGCAAUGGCAAAGAACCAAGCGGGUCAGAUUGAAAUUUUCAAGCUGCAGCAUCUUCUUCAGAUGAAGGACAAGGAAAUGAAUCGAGUAAAGAAGCUGGCCAAGAACAUACUAGAUGAAAGAACAGAAGUGGAAAGAUUCUUUUUAGAUGCUCUACACCAAGUAAAGCAACAGAUCCUAUUUAGCAGAAAGCGUUAUAAACAGGUAGCACAAGCUGCUUUCAAUUUUAAAAUGAGAGAGGCAUGUGCAGGAAGAACAGAAUAUCCCAAAAUCCGAACAUUUGAUGGCAGAGAGCACAGCACCAACAGUGUGAAUCAGGAUCUUAUGGAGGCCGAUAAAUGGACAGAUAUUCAAGGAAAUAUGGACAUUGGAGAUUUGACCUGGGAGCAGAAAGAGAAAGUCUUGAGGUUGCUCUUUGCAAAAAUGAAUGGCUUUGUUCCUAGAUUGAAAGCAGAUUUAUUCAGGGUGAUACACACUCAAUAGACAGAAUGUGAGUCAUCUCAAAGGGCAAGAGGGCCUAUUUUUCUGUUCUUAAACUAGAAUUUCCAAAGUAUAAGAAAAAAUUUUCAUACUGGGUCUAUCUAAAUUGGUAACUUUCCUGUGUUUUGAGAUUCUUUUUGUGGGAAGGGAAUUUUUUGGCCUUGCUUUUGGUCAGUACUCUGGUUCAACCUUGCCCAUCACCAUUUAUAGCUGUUUAUUAUUAUUAUUAUUAAUUUUUUGCCUGCAUUGGGUCUUCGUUGCUGUGCGUGGGCUUUCUCUAGUUGUGGUGAGCAGAGGCUACUCUUCGUUGCAGUGUGCAGGCCUCUCAUUGUGGUGGCUUCUCUUGUUGUGCAGCACAGGCUCUAGGCGCGUGGGCUUCAGUAGUUGUGGCACGUGGGCUCAGUAGCUGUGGCACACGGGCUUAGUUGCUCUGCGGCACGUGGGAUCUUCCUGGACCAGGGCUCGAACCCGUGUCCCCUGCGUUGGCAGGCUGAUUCUUAACCACUGUGCCACCAGGGAAGCCCUUAAUAGCUAUUUUAUGAGUAUCAUCAUGAUUAUAUUCAUAAAUAUUUCCAUUUCUUAAGUUCAACAUGUCUCAACUUUAAGAGAAUGUAAGUUUAAAUUAACUUGCCUAAUAUUAUACUGCCUCUAUGUGUGUAUGAAAGCUCAUUUUUGAAAAUAAGAAGCCCAUCCAACUGAAGCAUUUCCCUUUAGCAGUUUUAUAUUUAUUUAUUUUUUAAAUUUCUAUUUACUUAUUUAUUUUUGGCUGCGUUGGGUCUUUGUUGCUGCAUGCUGGCUUUCUCUAGCUAUGGUGAGCGGGGGCUACUCUUUGUUGUGGUGCACGGGCUUCUCCUUGCAGUGACUUCUCUUGUUGCAGAGCACGGGCUUCAGUAGUUGUGGCAUGUGAGCUCAGUAGUUGUGGCACGCGGCUCUAGAGCGCAGGCUCAGUAGUUGUGGCCAUGGGCUUCAUUGCUCCGCGGCAUGUGGGAUCUUCCCAGACCAGGGAUCGAACCCGUGUCCCUUGCAUUGGCAGGUGGAUUCUUAUCCACUCUGCCACCAGGGAAGUCCUAUAUUUAUUUAUUUAUUAUUAUUAUUUUUUUUUUCCUUUAGCAGUUUUAAAGUGUAGUUGAAAUACAGGGCAUGUGGAGACACUGCCUCAUUGUUAACUUAUACCCACUACAGGAAAUACGGCCAGAGUUCUAAACCUCCAGUUCCAGACUAUAUUGGUCCUGAUGAUGAAACAACAAAGGAGUUUGGGUAAGCUCUCUUGACAAAGCAAUGAACAUGAGCCUGAUCACAAUGGUGGUUGUAGACAUCUUAUACAUACUAGAAUUGAGUGAGAAUAACAUAACAAGUAUAUUAUUGUUCUGAACCAAGUUCCGUGUGUGUGGUUGUUGACAAGUCUUACUUUGUCAUUAUUGUAGGGAUGAAAGUAAGCUUCAAGAUCACACCUUCAUCACCCAGCAAGUGCCAAUCUUAGACUCUACUGGUGAACUGGUGAUACCCAAUAUUCAGAAAGGAUCACAAGAGUCUGAUAUAGUAAGGAGUCUGUAAUCUAACCAAAC